AUGGAACGUGAGAAGCAGAUGAAUAAUCAUCUGCUUCCGGAAGAAAUCGAAGAAUUUCUUGGGAAUCCUGCAAGAGCCACUCGUUCUUUUUUCUCUGACAGAUGGUCAGAACUUCAUCUGGGUUCGAAUCCUACUGAUAGGUCUACUAGAGAUCAGAAAUUGUUGAAAAAAGAACAAACGAAACAUCUUGCUCUUUCCAGGCGAUCGGAAAAGAAAGAAAUAGUGAAUUUCUUCAAGAUAAUUAUGUACUUACAAAAUACCGUCUCAAUUCAUCCUAUUUCAUCAUAUCGAGGAUGUGAUAUGGUUCCAAAGGGUGAACUGGACAGUUCCAAUAAGAUUUCAUUCUUGAACAAAAAUCCAUUUUGGGGUUUAUUUCAUCUAUUCCAUGACCGGAACAGGGGGAGAUACACGUUACACCACGAUUUUGAAUCAGAAGAUAUAUUUCAAGAAAUGGCAGAUCUAUUCACUCUAUCAAUAACCGAGCCGGAUCUGGUGUAUCAUAAGGAAUUUGAUUUUUCUAUUGAUUCCUCCGGAUUGGAUCAAAAACAUUUGUUAUUGAACUCCAGGGAUGAAUCGAAAAAGCACUCUUUAUUGGUUCUACCUCCUCUUUUUUAUGAAGAGAAUGAAUCUUUUUAUCGAAGGAUCAUAAAAAAAUGGGUCCAGACCUCUUGCGGGAAUAAUUUGGAAGAUCCAAAACCUAAAAUAGUUGUAUUUGCUAGCAACAACAUAAUGGAGGCAGUCAAUCAAUAUAGAUUGAUCCGAAAUCUGAUUCAAAUCCAAUAUAGCACCCAUGGUUACAUAAGAAAUGUAUUGAAUCGAUUCAAUUGCAACUUCGAAUAUGGAAUUCAAAGGUCCGAGAUCCACAUCUAUGAAUUGAAAGGUCCGAACGAUCCACUAUGGAAUCAGUUAUUAGAAUCAAUAGGGAGAGGCAUUCGGCCAUCCCCUUUUCAGUCAACAGUGGUGCAACAAAGCGAGACUGGGAUGAUUCACGGUGGUCGGCGUGGGGCGAGUCGUGGUCGGGGCUCCGUGGUGGUGCGCUACUUCGUUGAGGGUGACCGGGUUGAGGGUGGAGACCGUGAGAGUGGAGUUUACAAUGGAGAGGAAGGAAGGGUGGAAAAGGCGAAGGCGCGGUAG